AUGGCAACAGCUCCUCCAGCUUUCUUUGAUCCUUCACGAGUCCCAUUAACUAUGCCUAAUGUUUUUCUUCCCCCUCCUAUUCCUCUUCAUGUUCCUCCUCCUUCUCCUCCUCCAGCACCGACUCUAUCAAGAUCUAGUUUAUUAGAUGUCUUGAAAAUUUUGAUCGGUUUAAUUAUUGCAGUGAUGCUUGGUGCUAUUAUUGCCGUUCUUGUAUUCUUACCACGUACAUCAAAUCAAGUUGAUUUACGUGAAUCAAAUGAAAAAAUUGCUAAAUUAAUAAGUGAUUCGAAUGAAAAUAUAGCACGAUUACAACGUGAACAAAUAUUAUAUAUCGAAAAUGAACGCCAAAGACGUCAAGAAGUUUUAAUUGAAAAACAUCGUCUGGAAGAUCGAUUAUUGGAACAACAACAUUAUGAACGACAAUUAUCUAUUGAAAAUCAACGUCUGGAACGUCAAUAUAAUUUAACUGAAAAACAUCGUUCAGAAGAUCGAUUAAUAGAACAACAACAACGUGAACAAGAUUUAAAAUUUGCAAUACAACAAUCAAAACAACAGUUUGAAAUUGAAGAAAAACGUUUACAAAUACUAUCAGAAGAAAAGCAAUUCAAUGAACAACGUAGAAAAGAAGAUCUUAAUAAAGAAAAUGCCGAGUUAUUAACAAAUUUUAUGCAUGAAACUAUGUCAGCACAACAACCAUUGAAUAUGGCGAAUUUCGAAUUGAAAGUUCGGUCAUUAAUACGUCGAUUUGAUCCUCUUCAUAAAUCAUUAUUGAUUCGAUUUUUAUACAAAUUUAAACUUCUCGAUGUUCACUAUACAGAUAGUCCAACUUUAGAUUUACAAGGAGCUAAUUUAAAAGACCUUGAUUUAGACGAUAUGGAUGUUAAAUUCGAUCAAAUCGGUCGUUGGCUCAAUUACACUCAACUUUCAUUACCAUUGACAAAUUUAAUCAAUGCUUCACUUGAACAAAUCUAUUUAAAUGAAGCUAAUUUUAGUUGGUGUAAUAUGACGGGUGCUUCAUUUCAUUGGUCACAAAUUGUUCGAACAGAUUUUAAUGGCGCUCAUUUAUCUCUUACUAAUUUUGUUGAUACUAAUAUAUCUUACAGUAAUUUUCCAUAUACAACGAUUAAACGUGCUUCAUUUCAAAAUGCAAUUUUAUCUCAAGCAUAUAUGCAUGAUGCAAAUCUUGAAUCAACAAAUUUUCAAGAUACUAUGGCUUAUAAAACAAUUUUUUCUACAUCUGAAAUUUCGUCGACAAAUUUUCAUUCAUCAAAUCUUUAUCAAGCUCAAAUGGUUAAUGUAACAGCUCGAUCAACAAAUUUUUAUACUGCAAAAGCUAUACAAACAAAUUUUUCAUAUGCUUAUAUGCCAAAUUGCAUUUUUCAAUGGGCAGAUCUUACAAAUGCAUCAUUUAGAAACACAUUUUUGGGUGGUGCUAAUUUUGAGAGUGCUAAUGUAGAAAAUGUGGAUUUUACUGGAGCUAUUCUUGUUGGUGCAAACAUUACUCCAGGACAAUUAAAUGUAGCUCUAUCUAUUGCACAAGCAAUACUACCCGAUGGAUCAAAAGGGAAAAAUAUAAAUUUAGUUCAUAAUGGUAAUGCCAAUUGUACAGGAAUUUCUGGUACAAUAGCCAACUGGAAUACCAAUGGAGAUGUUUUUACUAACCAAGAUGCAUUUACCACUGAAUGUGUUUUUCAAGCAAGAAAAAUAAAUGCAACAUUACAACAACAUAUUGAUUUACGUCGUUAUGAACGAUUGAUUGAACAUGAACGAAGUAAAAUUUAUCUUGAAAUGCAAGAAAAGACAGCAGGAAUUUUAAACUUAUCUAAUCCACCUGCUUAUAUGAGUGUGCGUUUUAUUGAUUCAAACAACAAUCAUAUUGGUCUUCAACAAUCAACAUUGAAUAUAACUUGGUUUGCACAACCGUCAACAUUUAUUGCUACUAUUCCGUGCCCUUCAACUACUGUCGAACUAGACCUUACAAUUGUAUUUCGAGAAGCAAAUGCAACUGUUGAUAAUAUUUAUGUAACCAUUGAAUAA